UUGCCCUGAGGCUGAUGCAUUGAAGCCUGCUUCACAAGAUGGACGGUCCCCACCAGGUUCCAACAGAGCAAGUUUAAGCUCAUCAAGCCGGCAGUGGUUCCUGAUUGAAAUUUUAGCAAGAGCUCAAGCCGCAAUGGUCUCUUUGAGCACGAGAGUGCAAUUUCCAACUGAGGUUCGAAGUUUAGACUGAGACCCUUUGAACGGAGCGAGUGAAUUCUGCAAUGCAGGGUAUCCACCUACGGCGCGGUUUGCGGAGACUGAGCUCUGCAGCAUAGCAAUGGCUUCGGGGUAUCUGGCGCCGCACAGUGGUACCUUCCGCGGUCAGGCCCGUUUCACCACCUUUUCAAACGGAGGCACGGAUCAUCAUGGCGUUGCUGCACAGUCGCUAUCAGCAGAAAUUACCAGACCAAUUUGCAGCUCUCGGUUGCAAGAAUCGACAAAAUGCAGCUCACUACAGAACAAUGUGGCCCCAAGAAGGCCUUUCUUGUCCACCUUGAGAGGCGCCAGCAGUCUCUUUUUGAGAGGAGCUCCUCUUGGUAAUGGUGCGGUACGCGGAAGAGGGGAUUAUGGACGGAGCACUGGUGGCGACAAGCGAUUAGAGUCUGCCAGGCUUGCUGUCAGGGCUGAGCAGGAAGAGGCGGCGGAAGAGAAGCCAAAGCGGCGGAGGGCGGCCCCCAGAGCAAAGAAAGCGGACACGCCAGCUGAUGCAAGUGGCGAAUCAGAGACGCCGUCUCCGACUCCAAAAAGGGCGACAAGUAGGAGGAGGACGACAAAAGCUAAGGAGGAUGGAGAUGCAGCGGUCGAUAGUGAGGCCUCUGGCGCCCCCCCUCGGAGGACGAGGGCGCCGAGAAAGAAGGCUGCGGCACAGGAAGAAGCGGGCCCCAGCGCGUCGGAUUUGAGAGAGGAAGAGGCGCGAGGGGGGGACGAACUGACGGUGGGUAAAACGCGUGGGAGGCGGAAGGCUAGCACGGGCGAGAGUGACACGGACGACGAACCUAGCCGAGUGAUAGAUGCGACUGAAGGUGCAUUGAAGAAUGCAACAGAAGGUGCGUCGGAGAAUGCGGCGGAAGGCGCAACGGUGGAGCAGGAUAAGGAUGGUGCUGAAAACGGGGCGGCCGGCCAUAGCGACGGAAAUGGGGCGGCGGCGCCUCGGAUAAUUGAUGAGGAAUCGAGCGGUGGGAGUGAGAGGAAGGUGGUCGUGGCGCAAUGGGUGGGCGGCGCAGGCUCAAAGGGCGGGGACGGGCGGCCACCGAGGGACAGUGUCACAGCGGAAGUGCUGGGGGAUGACGAGGAGCUGAGGGUGAUCGCGCAAAAGAUCGUCGACGGGCGGGCCCGGGACCUGAAGCUGCGGCCGGAGCUGGAUAAACUGCUCGACCACUUCUUCAUGCAGGAGUGCACCAAGUGCCACAAGGUGUUUGUCGGGCGGCGCCCCGCCCCCGAGCAGCCUUACUACGGCAUCUGCAGAAGGCCAAGCGACGGCAACCGGUGGCGAAACGAAGCCCACGAUAUCGUUGACACGCACGUCCCGUCCGCCAUCACUCAACCAUACCCCAUCACGCACAAGCUCGGCAGCCAGACCCGGUACCGUUACCGCGUGCCAGCCAUCUUUGCCAUCUGCCAAAUGGCCGGCGCGACCUUCCCCUCCACCGACAACGAGUUCUUCGACUGCAUCCGCCGGCACGACUCGCGCUACGAGCCGUUCCACAUCGGCGCGCUCGACCUGGACCAGCCGCCGCCGCCGGGCGGGUGGCGCAAGGACGACGCGGAGCUGCUCGCGACGGAGACGCGCAAGCAGAAGCUCGACAUGCUGCGGCUGCGCGGCCACGAGUUCCAGGACACGUACAUGCCGGACGACACGGGCAUGACGCCGAAGACGUUCGGGGACCGGUCCAUUCCGAUGGACCUCCAAGGCGACUGGAAUUCGAUCAGCCGGUCGAAGGAUCGGUACCGGCCGUGAGAACGCGUUGAGGGGUACUAGUCGCGGAAGAUGAGGCGCACUGCAUCAGGUUUAGGUAUGCGAGCGUCAAACGAGAGGCACGACUUGAGAGUGCAAACAUGUGGAACGUAUCAUUGUCAGCCCGGCCCAUGCUCAGCUCAAUCUUGUGUCCAUGUUCGAGAUGAUUGUCGUGGUAUCA